AUGGAAUCUACGAUAGAAGCUGGUGGUGGAGUUACUGGUACUGUGUUAAUGAGGUUUGUUUGGACUCAUGGAGGUCGAAAUGUAUUUCUCAGUGGUUCUUUUAAUAGAUGGGGUGAGCUUAUACCUAUGUCACCAGUCGAAGGUUGCCCUAAUGUAUUUCAGGCUAUUUAUGGUAUUACACCCGGUAAUCAUCAGUACAAGUUUUUAGUUGAUGGAGAAUGGCGACAUGAUGAACUCCAACCUUACUCAACAACCGAAUAUGGGAUACUGAACACUGUCCAGUUUAACAUGGAAGCCAAUUUUAACCCAGAGAUGAUUCCAGGAUCUAGUAUGGAAUUGGAUAAUGAGGCUUUUACCCGUAUGGUCAGCGUAUCAGAUGGUACAUUGACUGGCGGUGUGCCGAGCAUAUCAGAGGCUGACUUACAGGUCUCUCGUCACCGUAUUUCUGUAUUUUUGACUACACACACUGCAUAUGAACUACUUCCCCAGUCAGGCAAGGUAGUUGCCUUGGAUGUUGAUUUACCGGUAAAGCAAGCCUUUCAUAUUUUGUUCGAGCAGGGAAUCCCUGUUGCUCCUCUUUGGGACUUCUGUAGGGGCCAAUUUGUUGGGGUGCUUAGUGCAUUGGACUUCAUAUUGAUAUUGAGAGAGCUCGGAAAUAAUGGAUCAAAUUUGACAGAGGAAGAACUUGAUACACACACUAUAUCUGCUUGGAAAGAGGGAAAAGCAUAUCUGAAUAGGCAAAUAGAAGGACAUGUGCGGGCUUUACCUAGACAUCUCAUCCAUGCUGGGCCAUAUGAUAGCUUGAAAGAGGUUGCUUUGAGAAUAUUGCAGAAUGAGGUGGCUACAGUUCCUGUUAUUCAUUCAUCAUCAGAAGACGGUUCAUUUCCUCAGCUACUGCAUCUGGCCUCGCUUUCUGGAAUACUUAAAUGUAUUUGCAGGUACUUUAGACAUUGUUCUGGCACCUUACCCAUACUCCAACUGCCGAUUGGUGCAAUACCAGUAGGUUCAUGGGUUCCAAGUAUUGGAGACCCUAGUGGGCGUCCCUUGGCAAUCUUGAGACCAAGCGCUUCUCUUAGUUCAGCUUUAAACUUGUUAAUUCAAGCUCAAGUAAGUUCAAUACCAAUAGUUGAUGAGAAUGACUCUUUAGUAGAUAUAUAUUGUCGGAGUGACAUAACAGCUUUGGCAAAGGACAAAAUUUAUACUCAUAUUAAUCUUAAUGAAAUGACUAUUAAUGAGGCUUUGCACCUGGGACAAGAUGCCUAUUCUUCUUUUGAGCUGAGAAGUCAGAGAUGUCAGAUGUGUUUGCGCUCUGAUACAUUGCAUAAAGUGAUGGAGCGAUUGGCAAACCCAGGCGUUAGGCGUCUUGUCAUUGUGGAGGCUGGCAGUAAACGUGUGGAAGGCAUUGUUACACUGGAUUCCAUGUAUAUGGGGAGCAUGGUACCUGUUAUGUGUCAUGCUGCCACUAACUGGGAAAGGAGAUGGAGAGGAGGUAAAUGCUUAUUGUUUGCUAUUGCUUCAUUGAGCCGUGAUUCCUCAGGACAAUCUGAUAAAGAUGGCUUUUGGUUCAUUUUGUUUCCUUAUUGUAGUUUAAUACUUGCACAAGAAAAUUUAUGCAAGUUAAAUGGCAUUGUUGUACAUGAGUCACUGAAUGAGAAUGGCCUUGCAAUGUCAUCCUAG